AUGCCUCCACCCGGCAUCAGUAGCCGCGGCGCCUCCCCCCUUGCCCGACAGCACUCAAUUCCAACCGGUGACCAGGCGGAACAACUAGAUAUGGACGGGAAACGGUCGCUGGAAAACUUGGUGUCGGCAACCGGGGGCCGAGGUGCGGGCGGCGGGGAUAAGGCGGCCGCGGCGGCGCAAAGCUUCUACCAGCUUAUGUCCGUGCUCCAGUGGUGGUUUUUCAACGUGGUGGUCGUGAUCAGCAACAAGUACAUCUUCCAGAUCUUCGGCUUCAAGUUCCCGCUCACGCUGACCACGAUCCACUUCAUCAUGUCGGCCCUCGGGGCGUACCUCACCAUCAAGGUGUUCAAGCUGAAGCCGGAGAUCGUGGUCCAGUCGACGCGCGACAAGGUGGUGCGCAUCAUGCCCGUCGCGGCGCUGACGUGUCUCAACAUCGUGCUCGGGAACGUGUCGCUGCGCUUCGUCCCCGUCUCCUUCAUGCAGACCAUCAAGUGCUUCACGCCUGCGACAACACUGAUCCUUCAGCGCGCGGUGUGGGGCCGCAAAUUCGACAGCCUCGUCUACUUGGCGCUCAUUCCGAUCGUGUUCGGCGUCGUGCUGACGACUGUCGCGGAGCUGAGCUUCAACUGGACCGGCUUCCUCACCGCCCUCGCCGCCUGCCUCACGACGUCGACGUCCAACAUCAUGGCGGAAGCGCUGCUGCAAGGCAAGUACGCGUUCGACAGCAUCAACACGGUGUACUACAUGGCCCCCUACUCGACCGCGCUGCUCAUCCUCCCCGCGCUCUUCUACGAGGGCGCUGACGUCAGCGCCUGGGCGGCGGAGCAGGACAACAUCGCGCUGCCGCUGACGGUGAUCCUGGUCGGGGGAUCCCUGGCGUUCUGCCUCAACUUCUCGCUCUUCUACGUCAUCCAGGCCACGUCAGCGGUGACGUUCAACGUGGCGGGGAAUCUCAAAGUGGCGUUGGCAAUCAUCAUUUCGUGGAUGAUUUUCCGGAACCCGAUGGGCUGGUUAAGCUGGGUGGGUUGUUUGGUGACGAUUGUGGGCUGCACGUUUUACGGGUGGGUGCAGCAGAAGAUCAAAGCCCAGAAGGCGCCGGCGCUUGCAGUGAGUGAGAUGCAAGAGAAGCAGCCGUUGAUGGGCAACAGUAAAUAA